GAUUUCCAGCAGUUGUUCCAUCGCUUUCUGCAGAGGAUCGCUCGUGAGUACCCGAACCUUUCUCAAGCAUGCUCAAACCUGCAAACCACAGCUUCUGCUCUGAAGUGCAUCGAAUCGUUGGGUGCCUUGCGAGAAGAGCGUGCGUCUGAGGGGCCGUUUCACAAACCCUCCAUUACCAUCAACGAGCUCGACAAUGCCUUGGUCCAAAGCGUCCAAGACCGCACAGUUCUGGGACAGUAUGGCUACAACCUGACAAAGAAGCACUAUGGUACGGUGUAUCGUAAAGAAGCAGUUCUUCGGAAAGACGUGCCCGAGAAGGUGAACCUUGGUGGUCGCCCUUCGAUUGUGACCGAUGAGAAGAAAGUGGAAUUAGUCCGACAAGUCCUAGAGGAGCAUACCAUAGACAGCGAGCGUGUAGUGAUUACAGGUCGUGGUACGAAACUAAUGGUCAUAGCCAAGCACCUCACCAAGAGAAAGCACAGGCUUUGGACUGAGGUGGAGUCCCUGCAUAAGGCAUUGUCCUGGUCAACUUUUCAAAGGCUUGUCCGGCUUCAUUUCCCCCACGUUCGCAACCCUCGUCGUAACACAGACGUCUGCUACCAUUGCAAGACUUUUGACAAAGACAUCCUCCCUGCAGCGUUGAAGUUGACAGAAGCGAUCAGGUCUGAUAUCAGCAAGCUGUUGCCCGGGUACUUCGAGGACUUCCAUUCCCAAGCAGUGAAGCUGGGCUGCAGCAAGGAUAAGGAGGAAGUAAAGUACUUGGAGCUGCUUGAAGCCUUCCUCAAACAGAAGGAAAGCAAUUCUAGCCAAGACCCUAUGAGGACCAGCCUCUCCCGCUCCAGCAGGAUUACUUUGCAUUCUCUUGAAGCCUCUGGAAUACAUAAGCUGAAGCCGCAUGUGGAGCUUGUUCGGGCAUAUGAGUGGCACAAAGUCUCCGCCCGGCGGCAAGGAAAUUUUCUCAAGAAGAUGCGAGAGGGCGGCCUUCCAUUUGACACUCUCAUGUUGCAGGUUGAUUUCAAAGAAAAUGUGAAAUACCCAAUGGGGCCGGAUGAAACGUCUGAGGAGUGGCACGCCCAAAACAAACUGUCCCUCACUGUUUUUGGCGCCAAUGUUCUGGCCCCGAAGCGCGGCGGUGGCCACAUUGAAAUGUUCAUCCUCCUCGUGACAGAGAUACUCGACCACGACGCACAAGCUGGUUGCAUGAUGGUCAACAGUUCCUUGCAGCACGCCCGGCAGAACCCCAUAGUCAAUUGGGCUGCUGUCGAGAAUUUGCUGCUAGUAGCAGAUUGUGGACCGCAUUUUCGCUCCAAGGAGAACGUUGCGCAUUUUUGUGUGACUCUGCCUUGCGCUUUGAAGAUGUCCGUCGAAGUCUGCUGGCUCGCCGAGUGUCAUGGAAAAUCUGGUGUCGACCGUUGCUUUGGCUGGUGUAAUCGUUGGAUCUCGGAUUACAUCCAGAAACAACCUAUACAUGGCCUGAAGGAUUUACUGAAAUGCUUCCAAGCAGGCUCCCAGCAAAUGAUGCGAGAAGAUCCCCGAAGCCCGACGAUCUAUGUCGAUGAGUUUGCGCCUGGCCCCAGCAGACCCUCCAGAAGGAAGUUCUUCGUCAGCGAUGAGCUCAAAGUGUCUCGAACGUAUUCCCUUGUAGGUCGCCUUUCUCCUCAUGCAGAUUCUGGCGUUCAGAUACGGAACAAAGUUUUCUCUGACAUGGAUGGUGGCAAGGCGCUCGCAUUUGCAGUUACUGAAAAUGUGUCUGACGAACCUCAACCAUGGAGGAUUGGGUAUUACGACAAAGUGCGCUCCUGGGAGGUAGGUGGCCCUGAGCCUGGCCAGGACAACAGCAUUACCAGGCGCUUCCGGGAACAGAAAGCA